CCUCGCCUUCCCCUAGUAAUUGCUCCUAGAGGCCUCAGCACCAGCGUUUGGCCCGCUACCACCAGUUUUCUAGGCUCGGAUCUUGCCGAGGGCUCGUGUCUGGUCCGGUGUUCCUCAACCCUCUCCGUAGCUUCUUACUGCGAGCUGCUUUGCUCAUCGCCGACUCGGACCUGCCUGUUUUUUCCACAAUUAGGGCUCAUACGGGUGUCUCGUUGCUCUCGCUACUGUUCGCCGUACCUCGUGGCUCGCUCGGCCGACAUCAGACAGCGUAACUCGCCGUCAAUGCCUCGUGGCUAGGCUAGAAGCAUCCGUCUUACCCUCGGAUCGGCUUGUGCGGCACCCAGUGGGCCCCAACCACGUAAAAUUAUCAAUGGCUCUGCCACCAGUCCAUGGAAGAGUGCAGCACAGCCACCGCGGCAGCGUAUUGCCUCCACGGACCAUGAUACUAUCGCGUACCGAUCUCCUCUCACCGCUUCGGCUGGUCGUCGCUCUCGCCUUGCUCUUCUCCAGCGUACAUCACUCCGUAGCCGAGAUUCGCGAGGUCGAUGUUUCUCUCAGCAACGCACCGUGGAUCCUCCUCGGCCAGUUCGGAUUCAACGGCCAUGGAUUCGUCGAGCUCUCCGUCUCGCAUCUCCGCGUGUACUCCCCCGAGAAAUCAACGGCUCCCGAUACGUAUUCCAUGGGAUUCCUCAUCGCCAGCCAAUCAGCUGCCUGGGAGGUGGAAAAGGGGAUAGUUCCUGGAGCGACUUCAGGAAACGGCUCGGUGGGUGGCUUUUGUCCGUUAACGAGUCUCAACGUAACGAAGAUAUUCAGCGUGAUGGAGAUGGACGCUCCUAAGAAGGGCUCGGAGCGGCCGACUAAGACUGCCCUGGUCCCCGUGCCUGGCGCCGGGUUUCACGGCGUGUACAUGGUCAACUGCGCGCCGACACGUCUCCUCUCGGCGCACGUUUCUCUUUCCUUAUACAACACGAACCCCCUAGGCGCUCCUGCGAACGCUCCGGUGACUAAGUACUACCUGUCGGCGGGAACCAUCGCUCUGGCGUUCGUGCACGCGAUCUGCGCGCUGACGUGUAUCGGCGUGCUGUGCGCGUGGCUGGCACACGUCCUCAAGAUCUGGUUCCACACCGUCGUGCCGCUCACCUUCCACCUCCUCCUCACGGCGCUUCUCCCCGCGCUCGGCGCGCUUUUUGCCGCCCUGGCCGCGCGCUUAUUCGUCCAGCAGUCCACCGGAAGCAGCCCUGGGAUCGACCUAGUGACAGAUAUCCUUCUCGUUGUGUGCCUGGUGCUCCUGCUAGCGGCUUUCUUCACAGGGAUCGGGAGUAUAGACCCGUAUAUGUCGGACGUAGAGCGCGCCGUGCUCUUUUUCGCGGUUCCUGCGGCGAUUAUCUCCCUCCUGGGCCUCUCCCUCGUGUCCCCGGACAGCCUCAGCUUCGCUGUAAGCAGUUCCGUUACAAGCAGCUCCACCAGCAGCGCUGCAGUGACCGGAGGCAGCAUGCUGACGUCAAGUCUGCUCCCAGACACCCUCCCGUCUUUCACUGUCGUUCUCUCUGUCAUCCGGCCUCUCCUCCUCUUCCUCCUCGCAGCAGCAGUCACUGUCAUCACCGUACUUCUCUUCCUCGCCCUCCUCCUCUCCUUCCUCCAAUGCCUCUCCUCCCGUCGUCCCGGCGCCAACAGCAGCGGCGGCGGCAGUAUGAAACGCAGCGGUGGAGGUGGCAGCACCUACGCUCUAGACGACAGGGACACGGAUGGUCCCUUGGAGAAAUUCUACGUGCAGGCGUGCGCGCUGCUGCUGCUCGCAGGCGCCCUGUCCGUGCUGCUGCGCUGGUGCCUGCCGUACGACCUGGUUACGUGGUUACCGCAGGCGCUGUGGCAGGCGGCGCUGCUGCUGCUGCUAGUGUGGGUGCUGCACCGGUUCCGGCCCAGGGCAGAGCGGUCGGUGUACCAGCUGUUUGAUGAGAACGAUGUUAUGGAUGAGGAGCUCAGCGAGCUGUAGCAGGGGAGGGAUGCAGGGGAUGUGCUGUAGCAGGGGAGGGAUGCAGGGGAUGUGCUGUAGCAGGGGAAGGCUGUAGCCCAGGGCAGAGUGGUCCGUGUACCAGCUGUUUGAUGAGAACGACGUCAUGGAUGAGGAGCUCAGCGAGCUGUACCAGGGCUGCAGCAGGGCUGUAGCAAAGGAAGGCUGCAGUGGGGAUGGUUGCAGUGGGGAAGGCUGGCUGCAGUGGGGAAGGCUGGCUGCAGUGGGGAAGGCUGUAGUAGGUAGGAGAUAUUUAGCCCAGGGCGGAGCGGAGCGGUCGGUGUACCAGCUGUGCGUUGGUAACGACGUCAUGGAUGAGGAGCUGAGCAAGCUGUAGCAGGGCUGUAGCAAGGCUGCAGCAGGGCUGUAGCAGGGGAAGAUUGUUGCAUGAGAUAGUGGGAGGUCUACAGAGAGGGCAUGCUGUGGAGCAGUUGAUUGUAACUCAACAAGUGAAUGUAUCGCCAGAGGAGGAGAGAUGGCCUGGCCUGGUGUAUGUGAAGAGAGGGUAGGGGGUUGAUUCGUGGUUCUGUUGCCCAAGUUUGUAAUGGCACAGGGGGGUUUGACAAGAAGAUGUUAAAAUGCUGCAUUGAUUGCGCCUUGGUCUGUUUUGAAUCAUGAAAAGGAAAGGGCUUGUGACAUGUUCAGUGAUUUACA